ACAACAUGCCCGCAGCAGAGACAAAACCAACCCACCGCAAGCCCAAAACCCUAUCGCAUCACCAUUACCACCACCAUCCCCAUCGUCACUACACACCAUGCACCAUGCACCACGCAUCACACUGUCUUUCUUCGGACAGAUAUCAGAAAAUACACGAUCAGACCACUCUCCCCUGCCCGCAACGACUCCACCGCACCGUACCAACCCAGUCAGCCCAGCAACCCGGUUGAACCCGACUAGACUCGACUCGACUCGAUACCACUCGACAGCCAGCGAGGACAAGGCAGGACAGGCUCAGCCAGAACAACCCAGGCUCAGCACUCCACUCCACUCCACACUCCCUCACCCAUCUCCCACCCCAUUCGCCAACUCGUCAAACCCCACCUUCACCAGGGGCCAAAAAGCAUUAGUAUGGGGGCGGAAAGGUGGCUGGGAGGGCGCAGGCGCAGGCCACGCCACGUGAAGGAAGGCAUGGGGCCGUUAGGGCUGAUGGCUGACGGCCCCCACGGGUUCUUGGUUCUCGGUUUGGUUCUGCGCUUCUUCACAGUUUACAGUUUACGCACAGCCUCCGUCUGAUUUCUCACGUGGAUCACAUGGCACGGUUUGUCUGUUCGGCUGGAGGUGGAGGUGGAGG